AGGACACAUCGAACAGCAAGCAGCUCGUCCUCCUUCCAUACCUCUCAGCCUCAGAGGACAGGGUCUGUGUCUCUCCUUCAGUAAACCCAGCAGAUAGACCCUGUGGUCAGAGAGCAGAGUCUGACCGAGCGUCAGGGGGGCGUGGCCUCUCCUCCCUGCGUGCUGACGUCACGGAGGUAGGUGCUGUGUGUUGGAUGCGUUAGUGUUCAGUGUUGAGCAGCUCCAGUCUGCAGGCUGACUCUCUGAGCGCACACACACACACCGACUGCCUCUGCGUCCUCUGGGGUUUUUACUCUGUACGGAUAUCUGCCGGGGAUCCUGGACUCCUCACCAGGACCGGACCCCCCUCUCACACCGGGACCGGACCCCCCUCUCACACCCUGAGAUCGGCUCUUCCAGCUGUCGCUCGACUCCGGAGGCUCGCUGCGAGGGAAGGCUCCACUCGGCGGUGUCACGCCGCUCCUCACACGCUCGUCCUUGACAUCCCAAAUGCUGCGUGUCGAUCGUGGGGCCGGCCGCCUCGUGUGAGUUAUGACGACGGCUGCUUCUUUGACUCAGAACAGAGACUCCUCCUCCGCUCAGCACGGAGAUCACAUGAUGUAAUGAAGACGGGUGAAGCUGCGAGUCUGCUCUUCAAAGAGUCCGCCGGCAGGAUAUAUGAGUAUUUUGAGCCCUGUGACGGAUAACAAAUCAAACCUUGUGGGAAUUGUGGGAGGCCCAGAGGAAAUCUCCAGAGUCAUGCAGUCAGAGGAGCUGUUCAGCAGGAAACUCAAAGCCCUGAAUGGAAGCAUGGGACCGCCGGUCUCCAGUGUUCAGGGGAAACCCGACGUCGCAGGAAAAACCAACGGCAACCCGGCCAUGCCUAAGAUGGGCGUACGGGCGAGGGUGACCGAGUGGCCUCCGAGGAAAGACGGCUGGGACGGGCGGCCUUCACCGAACUAUCAGAGCGUCAUCCCCGUGUUCCAGAACGGGCAGGAGCACACGGUGGAGAUCCUGGAGCAGGAGCCGGUCUGCGUGGAGGUGGACUUCACUGAUAGAUACACUCUGAGCGACCUGCUCAGCCACUCCCCGCUGAAAGGACUCCACCCCAUCCGUCAGCGCAGCAACAGCGACGUCACCAUCAGCGACAUCGACUCCGAGGACAUCAUGGACCAGAACGCCGUCAACCCCAACACGGGGGCCUCGCUGCACCGGGAGUACGGCAGCACGUCCUCCAUAGACCGGCAGGGUCUGGGAGGAGACGGCUUCUUCACGAUGCUCCGAGGAUACCGAGUGGACACCCUGGACCACCGGAGCAUACCGCCUUUAGGAUUCCCCGAGCUGCUGCGCUGCGAUGCCGCGCUCUCUCCGAGUCUUCAAACAGCGGCGCAGAUCGCCCGGGGGGAGAUCGUCCACAUUCCAGGAUACGACUACAUCGACAGCUCGCUGCUGUACAGCCGGGAGCGGGAGAAGUCCUUCAUGAGGAGGCUUAAAUCUGAGUCCUCUGAGACGUCUUUGUUCAGGAAGCUCCGGACCAUAAAGAGCGAGAGCGACGCUCUGCGGCUCUCGCUGGAGGACGACCGGCGCCCGCUCAGCUUCCAGAAGUGUUUCGCUCACUACGACGUCCAGAGCGUCCUCUUCAACAUCAGCGAGGCGGUCGCCAGCAGAGCCUUCCUGAGCCAGAGGAAGAACACCACCACCGGGGCGUCGGCUGCCUCAGCUGGACCCGGAGUAGGAGGACUACCUGGACCUGGGCCAGGACCUGGACCUGGACCUGGGCCUGGAGCAGCAUCAGACGUUGGAGCAGCAGGAUGUAGCAAUGCGAACACCCCCAUGUUUGAGUCCCCGCUGGGCAGCAGGGAGGACCUGAACCCCAAAGAGAACUUGGACGCUGACGAAGGGGAUGGGAAGAGCAACAGUCUGGUUCUGGGCUGUCCGCACUUCCGGAAUGAGAUCGGCGGCGAGGGCGAGAGGAGAAUCUCGCUCUCCAGAGCCAACAGUUCGAACUACAGCGGUCUCUCAGAGAGCUGCUCCUUUGAGUCCUCUCUGAGCUCGCACUGCACCAACGCCGGAGUCUCCGUCCUGGAGGUGCCCCGAGAAAACCAGCCCAUCCACAGGGAGAAGGUCAAACGCUACAUUAUCGAGCACAUCGACCUGGGAGCGUACUACUACCACAAGUACUUCUACGGCAGAGAACAUCAGAACUACUUCGGCGUGGAUGAAAAUCUGGGACCGGUGGCGGUCAGCGUCCGCAGGGAGCGUCUGGACGACGGGAAGGAGAAGGAGGGGAUGCAGUUCAACUAUCGAGUCGCCUUCAGGACGAGCCAGCUGACCACGCUGCGUGGAGCGAUCCUGGAGGACGCCAUCCCAUCCACAGCGAGACACGGGACGGCCCGCGGCCUGCCGCUCAAAGAGGUCCUGGAGUACGUGAUCCCCGAGCUGAACAUCCAGUGUCUGAGGCUCGCCCUGAACUCGCCCAAAGUCCCCGAGCAGCUGCUGAAGCUGGACGAGCAGGGGCUGAGCUUCCAGCACAAGGUGGGAGUCCUGUACUGUAAGGCGGGGCAGAGCACGGAGGAGGAGAUGUACAACAACGAGGGCGCGGGGCCGGCUCUGGAGGAGUUUUUGGACCUGCUGGGUCAGAGGGUUCGGCUCAAAGGUUUCACUAAGUACCGAGCUCAGCUGGAUAACAAGACGGACUCCACCGGCACUCACUCCCUCUACACCACCUAUAAGGACUACGAGCUGAUGUUCCACGUGUCCACCAUGCUGCCCUACACCCCCAACAACAGACAGCAGUUACUCAGAAAGAGGCACAUUGGCAACGAUAUCGUCACCAUCGUGUUCCAGGAGCCCGGGGCCCUUCCUUUCACUCCCAAACACAUCCGCUCUCAUUUCCAACAUGUGUUUGUCAUCGUCAAAGUCCACAACCCGUGCACGGAUAACGUCUGCUACAGCGUGGCCGUGUCCAGAUCCAAAGACGUGCCUCCGUUCGGCCCUCCCAUUCCCAAGUCCGUCACUUUCCCAAAGUCGGCGGUUUUCAGGGACUUCCUCCUCGCCAAGGUCAUCAACGGAGAGAACGCCGCGCACAAGUCGGAGAAGUUCCGGGCCAUGGCGACGCGGACGCGGCAGGAGUACCUGAAGGACCUGGCCGAGAACUUUGUGAGCACGGCCACCAUCGACAACGCCGUGAAGUUCAGCUUCAUCACGCUGGGCGCCAAGAAGAAGGAGAAGGUGAAGCCGAGGAAGGACGCUCACCUGUUCAGCGUGGGCGCCAUCACCUGGAGCGUGCGGGCCAGGGACUUCGGACAGUCGCUGGACUGCGACUGUCUGCUCGGCAUCUCCAACGAGUUCAUCGUGCUCAUCGAGGAGGACUCUAAGAACGUGGUCUUUAACUGCUCCUGUCGGGACGUCAUCGGCUGGACGUCGGGGAUUAUGAGCAUCAAGAUCUUCUACGAGCGCGGCGAGUGCGUCAUGCUGUCCGCGCACGACAACUGUGGAGAGGACAUCCGGGAGAUGGUGCAGAGGAUGGAGAUCACCACGCGAGGAUGUGUGACAUCAGAGAUGACUCUGCGUCGGAACGGCCUCGGACAGCUCGGCUUCCACGUGAACUUCGAAGGCAUCGUGGCCGACGUGGAGCCCUUCGGCUUCGCCUGGAAGGCCGGUCUGAGGCAGGGCAGCCGGCUGGUGGAGAUCUGCAAGGUGGCCGUCGCCACGCUGACGCACGAACAAAUGAUCGACCUGCUGAGGACGUCCGUCAGCGUCAAAGUGGUCAUCAUCCAGCCUCACGAGGACGGCACGCCACGAAGGGGCUGCUCCGAGCUCUACCGCAUCCCCAUGGUGGAGUACAAGGUCGACAGCGAGGGACAGCCCUGCGAGUACAAGACACCCUUCAGGAGAAACACCACCUGGCAUCGGGUGCCCACGGCUGGCGGAGCGCCCCUCUCCCGAGGCUCGCCCACGCAGGGACCCGAUCGCCUGCAGUGCCAGCAGAUCCUCCAGCAGCACCAGGCCGCCAUCCCACGGAGCACCUCGUUCGACAGGAAGCUGCCAGACGGGUCCAGGACGAUGCAGGACAUGGAGAACCCUCAGGUCACCUCAUGUAACAAAGGAGACCAGCACUACCGCAGCUCCCCCAGUAACCAGUCCUCCUCCAGUGAUCCGGGACCCUGCGGCAGCGGCACCUGGUCCCAGCAGCCUGGAUACGACGGGUGUCCCUCUCCAAUCCUCCAUGAGAGGGCGGGGGACAUGCAGGGAGGAGAUGGGGAGAUCCACAGGGAGAGGGAGCCAACCUUAGAGAGGACCCGGUCUGCAGAGGCGAAGUGGCACAUCCCCUCCACCAAGAUCCUGAACCCUCUGAAGCAGAGAGAAGGAGGGAAGGACUCGCCAAACAAGCUGUCCAGGACGGGUGAUAAAAACUCCAGCCACUCCAGUAGCAACACCCUCUCCAGCAACGCCUCCAGUAACAGCGACGAUAAGCACUUUGGCUCGGGGGACCUGAUGGACCCGGAGAUCCUGGGCCUCACGUACAUCAAAGGGGCGUCCACGGACAGCGGCAUAGACACUAAUCCCUGCGUGGCCCCCGGGGCCCGGGUGCUGCUGCAGGGCCGGGUGGGGGAGCAGGGGCACCCCUGGGAGCACCACGAGGACGGGGUGUCAGAGGAGGAUCAUGGGAAACUGUACCUGCCGCAGGGCUACGCCGCAGCCAUCAUGUCGAGUCACGUGACGGAGGGAAGCAUCGGGGACCUGAGCGAGAUCUCAUCACACUCAAGUGGCUCACACCACUCAGGCAGCCCGCUGGCCCGCGGCGCCAGGUACUGUUUGUCCGCUGACUCCUCCAAGGUGUACACCAUCCCCCAGACCAGCAGCUCAGGGCCAGAUGCAGAUCCAGAUCCAGAGCUGGGUCCGGGGCUCAGCUCAGAGGCCUGUGGACAGACUCGGUCCCAGCAUGGGGGUGAACUCUCUGUGGGCGUGAAGACGACUGAGGAUGAGAAUGAAGAUGCUCACAACAGUGAAGGACCUCCAAACAUUUCAGAGUGUGGCAGGCAGCUGUACACGCAGGAGGCCUGCAGGGUUCAGUCUGCAGAGCGGGACGGGAAGUCACUGCAGAGACUUUCCAAAGAAGAGUACGUGAAGAUGAUGCUGCCGGGGAGUCCUCCGGGGGACGACCGGAGUCGGAAGGUGUCGACGAUGGACAGUCUGUCACCGCGGCGCUCUCUGUACCGGACGCUGUCGGACGAGAGCGUGUGCAGUAACCGCAAGGGAUCAUCCUACGCCAGCUCUCACAGCUCCAUGCUGGACCAGGCCAUGCCCAACGACAUCCUGUUCAGCACCACGCCUCCCUACCACAGCACACUGCCUCCACGCAUGGUCCACAACCAGGGCGCCUCAAACCUACGCAAUGAGUUUUGGUUCUCUGACGGCUCCUUGGCGGACAGGUCCAAGUUCAGCGACCCGGGCCUCAUGCCCCUCCCCGACACUGCCUCUGGCCUGGACUGGUCUCACCUGGUUGAUGCAGCACGAGCCUUUGAAGACCAGCGCGUGGCGUCCUUCUGCACCAUGACGGACAUGCAGCGCGCCGAGGCUCUGCACAUCUCCAGAGAGCUGACCAGACGCGUGGUGGAGGCGGAGGGGGCGGCGAUGGAUGCAGACAGCGCGCCCUCCACCCUGACGGGCAAAGUGAACCAGCUGGAGGUGAUCCUCAGGCAGCUGCAGCUGGACCUCAGAAAGGAGAAGGAGGACAAGGCGAUGCUGCAGGAGGAGGUGCAGCACCUGAGGCAGGACAACAUGCGUCUGCAGGAGGAGAGCCAGACGGCGGCGGCUCAGCUCAGGAAGUUCACCGAGUGGUUCUUUCACAGUAUCGACAAAAAACCCUGAGAGAGGAAAUCCUGCAGAGCGAGAGAGAGAGAGACAGAACCAGACUCCUCCUUGGCGCCCAUCUCGAACUCUACUUAAGACUCCCGGAUGAUGCAAAACUCUCAAACAAACCAUACCCGGCCUCCAGACUCUUUUUAAAGAGCCCGGCUCAGGAGACUGUAAGUGAGGCCUGCAUGGAGGAAACUGAAACCCUGAUCUGGACCCUCAGUUCUUGGAUCCCAUCCUGGCUGUUUCUGACAUAAACGCUCUCUCCAUCCCGGCAAACGAGACUCUUGGGAAGCGUCCCGUCUCUCCAGCGCCGGAGAGGAGUGGAGCGAGGCAUCGUCGUCCCCCCCUCCCCCCCCUUCGGGCGCCGGGAUCUUCUUACAGUAGUGGAAUGUAAAGCUCAUUUACUGUAGUCAACAUAUAAUCUACCUACGCUCGUCCCGUCAGUUCUACUGUAUACUCAGCUGUACUGUAUCAUACUGCGCACACUGUCACACAGCUGUUCCUGUGCAGAGAGGGAGGAAUGUACUGGAUGAAGAGGUACUUACUGUCUGCCUGCACCGAGAGGACUCCACAUGUGGCAGAAACACACAGGAGGUCAAAAUGAAUGUAGCUCAACUCAGACCCUUUUCCUUUCUGGACUCCUGCAUCCCCGACGAUUCAACCUUUGCCGCUCUGAGCUGUUCGUCCAUCGAUCGAUUCCACUUUUCUUUCCCUGUGUUGUAACGUAGGGUCACAUGGCAGUAACUUUUAGGUGUUUUUAAAGGUGCUUUCCCUACACACACAUUUGUUUGUUUGUUUGUUUGUUGGUAGUUUCCAUUCACUGUCACGAUGUCCUAGCAAUAACAAAGUGGUAGUUUAAACUGUGUUAAAAAAAAAAAAAACGAAGUUAGCACAAGCGUGAAGCGUUCCUGUGGCGAGGCGAUCGUACUCGACGUGUAUUUAUAAAAACAGGAAGACUGUGCCUGAAACUCUCGGUUGUAAAUGGAUUGUUUCUCUCUGCUUUUAUUUCUCUUUUAUAAACACAUGCCUUGUCUGUGGCUCACUGAUAUAAAGAUGUGUGUGUGUGAGUGUGUGUGUGAGUGUGUGUGAGUGUGAGUGUGUAGUUUAUCACAGCUAAACGUGUUCUUAUGCAGUGGUUUCUAGAGCAUUAGAGCAGACGCCAGUGAACCACACUUACAAUGCCAAAUGUGUUUAUGUCUGUACAUACCUGCCACAGAAGUGUCUUGUAUUUAACACUAUUAUUUAAGCUUAUUUAACCUAAAGUUGUUUAUUUUAUUAAGGGUAUUUUUUGUGCACUAAGGAGAGAUACAGCUCUGUGUAUGUUGUAAAGUGUGUAGCUUGCCAGGGCAACAAAACUAUAUAUUUAAAUAUAUAAAUGAUGAUUUUUGGAGAUUCCAACAUUUGGAUGCUGCUAGAUUACAGUUUGCUGGUUUGUAUGCUUUUAAAAUGUCUCUCUCUGUAAACGGUCUCAUCCCUGGUGGGACGCUGGUUGCUUUACUUGUUUUUGUUCUACUUUUUGUUCAGUUUUUUAAAUAAAUGUAGUUGGAAAAAUAA